AUGAAUGACGGUGCCAGAAAUGGUCCAGGGGAGGACUGUCCUCCCGGGGGAGGACGUUUGGUCACCCUAAUUGCUACAUACACGCAAAAUGAGUUCAACUCGGACGAUUUUAGCCCCGCGGUUACAGCCCGCUGCGAACGGGGGGUUAUGUACAUAAAUUUGGUCACUCUACAGCCAUUUUACGGUGUGGUCCACACACACGGCUAUCGUAAAGCCCCGUGUCUUAUAGACCGUAACGGAGGGUUUAACACCACGUUGAAAGUCAGUCUAUUGGCCGAUGAAAAUGACGAGAUUUACUGCGGAAUCAAUAAAGGUGUUAAGGGUGAACGCUCAGUAUCGUUGGCUAUAAGGCCUCAUAAAAAUCUGGAAUUAACUGAUGAUAAAAAUUAUUACCUAACGUGCGAACAGUCCGGUGGCGGCACAUAUAAAGUGACAUUAAAACUGCUUGAUAUGAGUGGUCAGAGAGCGGGCCGUAUAUUACACGGCAAUACGUAUAUAUUGCGGGCACAACUCACGCCAUAUGAUAGCAUAACAUCCUUACGUAUAAAAAACUGUUUUGCAUUCACUGACGACACGGGCGCCGGAGAUCAGGUCCAACUGAUCGACCCGUACGGGUGUCCGGCGCCGGCGGCCGACGCUCUGAUCUCGCCCUUCAACUACAACACCACACAUACAGCCGAAGCCGUAUUGUAUGAGAUGUUUAAAUACCCGGACACUAAUAAACUGAACAUACAGUGCGACGCUAUACUGUGUCGGGGCGGCUGUCAGGAGCCG